GGAUGGCUCCAUCGCUUCAAGGAGCGCCACGGGAUUGUUUACAAGUCCAUCGUCGGGGAAGGGGCAUCCGUGGACAUAGAGAGAGCGGAGCAGUGGCUUGCUGACAACCUGGACGAGAUCUACAGCUACAGUGAGCGAGAUGUCUACAACGCGGAUGAAACUGCGUUGUUUUACCAGAUGAGGCCUGUGCGUACGCACGCGUUAAAGGGCGACAAAUGCGUCGGUGGGAAGCACAGCAAGGUGCGGAUAACUGUGCUCCUGUGCUGUAAUGUAGACGGCAGCGACAGGCGCUUGCCGUUUGUGAUUGGAACGGCGAAGAAACCGCGCUGUUUCACCAACCCCCUGCCCGUACGGUACCGAGACAGUGCCAAGGCUUGGAUGACUCGGCAACUCUUUGCCGAAUGGCUCACGGAGCUUGACAAUGCCAUGGUCAAGCAAAAACGAAAGAUCCUGUUGAUCCUGGAUAAUUGCUCAGCUCAUCAUGUGAACCCACAGCUGAAUGCUGUGACUUUGAUGUUCCUCCCUCCGAACGCCACUGCCAAGCUCCAACCCCUCGACAUGGGGAUCAUCAGAAAUUUCAAAGUGUGCUACCGCCGCCGCGUCAUCGAAAGGCUGCUCAUCGCAAUCGGCCGACCAAGUGCGCGAGGGCCUCAGCUGACAAUUUCUCUCAUGAACGCAGUGGAAAUGCUGAAAGCCUCCUGGAUGGAAGUCAGGUCUGGCAGCAUCAAGAACUGCUUUCGAAAAGCUGGGAUUUCGUUUUCUCCUGCGGAGCAAUCUCCUGCGGAAGCAAGCCAAGACGAUGCGCAAAGCAUCGACUCGACCCUGUGGACCCAAGCCGUUGCUGCUAGUCUGACAGAGGAAGGGCAGACGUGGGACGACUUCGUUGACGCCGACGAAGAUGUCAUCGUCUCGGAGAGCGCCUCCGAUGAAGCUAUCGUGCGGGAGGUGCGGCAGGACAUCGCGGCGUCCGACGACGAAGAGGACGACGAAGACGACGUCGGCGAUGGGGUUGCUCCCUCACCUCCGGUUUCGACAGCGACGGCUUUGGGGCACAUAGCUUCGUUGAAGCAGCUGGUGUACGCACGGGGACUGAGCGAUGUUCACAUCGAUCAGCUGAGCAACCUGGAGAGCGCUAUAAUUGGAUCUGCACUGCGGAAGCAAACAGCGAUUACGGACUUCCUUGAAUAAACGCCAUGCACAUCGAUCGCAGGUGUUGCGCUUUCCAAUCCGUGCCGUGCUUACUUAUUUAUCUUGAAUUUUAAGGGUAAGUCCAUUUAUAACGAACUUCUCUUUGAGCGAACGCGUUUCGUGUUGUAGAAGGGUUCGUUGUA